CACCGCUCAGUCCCGCAAUCCAGACGACUCAAGCGAGAAUCUCAAGUUUGAUUACACAAGAAACCCCUACACCCGAGAACCCAUUCAACUUGAUCAGUCCUCCGUCGAAAUGGACCAAAUCGACAAAUUGUACAACGGCCCCAAUACGACCGUAGAGGUCACUGGCGGCAGCAGCCCCAGUUCGGCCGCUGAAAACAGCGCCACUAAUGAAGUCAUUGGAACUGGUCUGCACGAUAUCGAGGCCAAGAAGGUCCACUGGUACUCGUACCUGGCCACGCCUGACUUCUGGAUCGUCCUGGCCCUGGGCCAGGUCCUCGCCCUCUGCAUCACCGCCACCAACACCUUCUCGACUCUGCUUGUGAACGAGGGGACCUCGAUCCCGGCUUUCCAGACCAUCUUCAAUUAUGUCCUGCUGUCUCUGAUCUACUUGACCUAUACGCUGUAUAAAUAUGGCCCCAAGAAGUACGGGAAGAUCAUCCUGAAGGACGGUUGGAAGUACUUCAUCCUCAGCUUUAUGGACGUCGAAGGCAAUUACUUCACCGUGCUUGCGUAUCGAUACACGAACCUGCUAUCAGCACAAUUGCUCAACUUUUGGUCUAUUGUUUGUGUUGUCAUCGUGUCAUUUUUGUUUCUGCACGUGCGCUACAAGUUGGCCCAGAUUGCUGGUAUCCUCAUCUGCUGCGGCGGAAUGGGUAUCUUGCUGGCCAGCGAUCAUAUCCAGGGUAUCAACGGCGGUGUGGGCGAGAACAUGGUCAAGGGCGACCUGUUUGGCUUGCUCGGCGCCACCCUUUACGGACUCAGCAACGUGUUCGAGGAGUGGUUCGUCAGCAAGCGUCCCAUGUAUGAGGUUCUGUCGUUCCUGGGGCUCUGGGGCACGAUUAUCAACGGUGUGCAGGCGGCCAUCUUCGACCGCCAGAGCUUCCAGGGCGCCAACUGGAACGAUGCCGUCGCCGGGUACAUUGUGGGUUACACCCUGGCGCUCUGCAUCUUCUACAGUCUUGCCCCGUUCAUAUUGCGUAUGGGCUCGGCUGCUUUCUUCGACAUUUCGCUGUUGACAGGCAAUUUCUGGGGCACCUGCAUUGGAAUCACCGUUUUUGGGUACAGUAUCUACUUCCUGUACCCCAUUGCAUUCGUUCUCAUCAUUGUCGGUCUGAUCGUCUAUUUCCUGGCUGGAAGUAUGCUGGGAGAUUCCAAGAAGCCCUGGCUUGGCGAUAACCAAGAGAAUGGUGUUGCAGGGCUUGGCACGGCGAAGCUCAAGGCGCUCAACGUCGCCAGGAGGAAAGGCCUAGCUGCGGCCGAAGGAGACCGAGUCUGAGCGUGAUGAUCAAUUGCAUCCGAGAUCAUGGGG